AAAUUAUCUCGUUAUUCCAGAAUCGCCGGUCUCUCUCUCUCUCUCUCUCUCCUUUCCUCAGAAAUCGCAAACUCUGCAACUGAAAUCACCACCACGAGAUUUUGGAUCAGUCGCCAGAAAGCGUUCAACAACUGAUUCUAGUUAUUCCUCUGAUCGCCUUCUCUCACGCUCACAUACUAUGCAACAAUAUGCAUAUCAUUUUCUCGUUCAUCACUCAAGAUCUCGACGAGCAUCGUUUUAGAUACAAUCACUGACAGCUUUUCACGAACCGCCAUGGUGGAAAAUAAAAAUCAAGGGAAGCAUGUUCUUCUUUUAGCAUAUCAGAGUUUUCGCUUAGUGCAUGGAGACUUGAGCACUUCCCCUCUUUAUGUUUAUAUAAGUACAUUUACUGGGAGGUUAUAUAACCAUCAAACUGAAGAUGUUGUAUUUGGAGUGUUCUCCUUGAUCUUUUGGACUCUCACCAUUCUUCUACUUUUCAAGUAUGUUUUGUUUAUGUUAACCGCAGAUGAUAAUGGAGAAGGGGGACCUUUUGCAUUAUACUCUCUACUUUGCAGGCAUGGAAAAUUCAGUUUGCUUAGUAAUUAUCAAGCAGUGGAUGAAGAGAUCACGUCAUAUCAAAUUUCAAGAGACACAAGUGGGAAUGUUUCGACUUCUCAAUUUAAGAGGUUCAUUGAGCAGCAUAAAUCAAUGAAGACUUGUUUACUUGUGAUGGUAUUAUUUGGGGCUUCCUUGUUGCUCUGUGAUGGUGUCCUGACCCCAGCUAUUUCUGUGCUGGCAUCCGUUGAAGGUCUCCGUGCUCAUGAUUCCAGUUUUCAAAGCGGUUGGAUAGUUUUUAUUUCUUGUGCAAUAUUAGUUGGACUCUUUGCGAUGCAACAUCGUGGAACAUUCCGAGUAGCGUUUCUGUUUGCCCCUAUUGUGCUCCUUUGGUUGCUUGUUAUUGCCGCUCUUGGGCUUUACAACGUUAUCAAGUGGAAUCCAAAAAUAUAUCUUGCCUUUUCUCCUGUGUACAUCUACAAGUUCUUUAAGGAAACAGGAUUAGAUGGUUGGCUUUCUCUGGGAGGAAUAAUCCUUUGCAUUACGGGUAGUGGAGCUAUGUUUACUAACCUUGGUCAUUUCACAGCUGCUUCCAUUAGGGUUUCAUUUUCUUUUGUUGUUUACCCGUGUCUGGUGCUUCAGUACAUGGGGCAGGCUGCAUAUAUUACGAAGAAUUAUUCUAAAAUAUCUUCAUCCUUUUAUUCAUCAGUUCCAGAUCCCUUUUUUUGGCCAGUUUUUGUUGUGGCAAAUCUAGCUGCUAUCAUCACUUGUCAGGCUGUCAUCUCCUCAACAUUCUCAAUCGUGAAGCAAUGCAACGCCUUCAGUUGUUUCCCCCGAGUGAAAGUUGUGCAGAAAGAAAGAUGGAUGGACGACCAAAUCUACAUUCCAGAAAUGAACUGGAUCCUCAUGAUUCUCAGUGUGAUUAUCUUAAUCGGUUUUCAAAAGACAACACUCCUAGCCAAUGCUUACGGGAUUGCAUGCAUUGUUGAUGCUUUCGUGACAACACUUCUAGUCUCGUUAGUCAUAAUCUUCGUCAGGCAGAAGAACUUCAUUUACUCCGUCCUCUUCUUACUAUUCUUCGGAUCACUCGAAACAAUCUAUUUACUGUCAUCUUUCGCGAAAAUUCCCCUAGGCGGUUGGGUCUCAUUCGUAUUAUCAUUCUUCUUCCUAACGAUUAUGCUUGUUUGGCAUUAUGGCACAAAGAGGAAAUAUCUAUAUGAUCUCCAAAACAAACUAUCUAUGAGAUGGGUCCUCGGUUUAGGCCCCAGCCUCGGGAUCGUUAGGGUUCCUGGAAUCUGCCUAAUCUAUACCGAAAUGGUAACCGGAGUUCCCGCAUUAUUCUCCCAUUUCAUGACGAACGUGCCCGCAAUUCAACAAGUGAUAAUAUUCAUAACGGUGAAAUCGGUUCCGAUUCCUUACGUCUCCCCGAAAGAGCGUUACCUAAUCGGAAGAAUCGGGCCAAAAACGUACCGAAUGUAUCGUUGCAUCGUUCGUUACGGUUACCAAGACGUGCAUAAAGACGACGACAGUUUCGAGAAUCAUCUCGUGCUGAGUAUAUCAGAGUUCAUUCGGUUGGAGGCGGAAGGAAGCGUUCAUGGAAUACCGGGGGAGAGGUUUGGGAUGCGAUUGGUUAUGUCUGAGGCAGCUAUCGGAGAGAGCAGUGGCGGGAAUAGUUAUAACAGGAGGUUGCAGAAAACGACGACGGUUACGAAUGGUAAGUCUGCUGCAUUGUUGAAAUUGCAGGAAUCGUAUGAGCAGGAAUCUGCGCAGUUGGUGCAGAGGAAAAGGAAUGGGACGGUUAGGUCAUCGGCUCAAAUGAACCAUUUGCAUCCGCAAGUUAGAGAUGAAUUGAACGAGCUUAUGGAGGCUAGGGACGGUGGAUUGACUUAUAUAAUGGGGUAUACGCAUAUGAAGGUGAAGAGGAAUUCGACGGUUAUGAAGAAGUUUGUGAUCGAUAUUGCGUAUUCGUUUUUGAGGAAGAAUUGUAGGGCGCCCGCGGUUACUUUGAGUAUUCCUCAUAUAAGUUUGAUUGGUGUGGGGAUGAAUUAUCAUGUUUAAAGUCAAGUUUUGAAUUGGUUUUUGCCAACAUUAAUUUGGUGGGAAUAUAUUGUUGAAGGAAUAUAUUGUUUACCAUUAAGUGUAGUCAUGAAGAAAAUGUGAAUCUGAUUGUAUUUUUUUUGGGGGUGAUUUGUAAGGAUUAAAUUUAUUGAUAUGUGAAAGAUGUUUGUAAUUAAUUAUAGUGACUAUUUUUAUUUUUAUUUUUAUUUUUUUUUGUGUGUGUGUGUGUGUGUGUUUUUAGGUGAUUUUUUAGUAUAUUUUAUAUAGAAUGAUUUAUAGUGUUUGUAUUUUAAUUUAAAAUUCACAAAUAGUAUUAUUAAUAUACAUUAAUAUACAUGAUGAUGAGGUUUUAUUUCUUUAUAAUA